ACUUCGAAUUAAUCUAUCACAGCUCAACAAUCCUCACCUUGAUAAAAUGCCGUACAAAGUUGAAGUAGCCCAAGAUGCUGAUAUGCCGGAACUGAUGGAAGCCCUCUGGGACGCCUUUGAAAAACCGUAUCAAGGCGUACUGCGCAAUUUCUUCCCCAUUCUCAACAAUGAUCGCGAGGCCAGCUUACUGGCAGCUACCAAUGGACAACGCGAGGAAUACAAGUCCUCAUAUCCGGAACUCAUCUGGUUGAAAGUCACCUAUCGUGAAGACGAUAAUCAAAACUCAAAGGGUAAGAUAGUCGGAGGUGCAAAGUGGUAUUUCUUCCAGAGGAAUCCGUUUGCGCCAAAGCCAGGCUCGGAUCAUGAUCCUACUGCUGAGGAGGCUGUUUGGUAUCCUGAGGGACCUGGAAGAACGUUUGCGACAGCGGCUAUGCAUGCUCUUGACAAGCCGAGAAUGACCAUGGGUCAAGGACCUCAUGCAUUCCUCAACAUCGCCUUCACUGUAUUCGAGCACAGGCGUAAAGGCGUUAGCAACCUCUUCCUAAAAUGGGGUCUCUCUCGUGCCGACGAACUCGGUCUGGAGAGCUGGCUGGAUGCAUCUACAGAAGGACGGCCAGUCUACACAAAGCUGGGAUUUGUACCGUAUCGUAUGAACAAUGUUAAUCCUGCUAUGCCCUCGUCAUACACUGAGGAAGAGAAAGCAGAGUGGGAGAAGCUAGAGAAGGAGAUACUUCCCAUGGACUCGAUGACAAUGUGGCGGCCACUUGGGGGUAAAUUUGUCGAAGGUGAAACGGUUAAGCCGUGGGAUCGCUGACAAUGAAGACGGCCUGGAUAAGAAUAGAAAUAAUAGAUUGCCUGUCGAGUUCUGGCUAUCUGCAUACGAACUAUUGCAUGGCAUUGACCUUUAAUCGCAGCAUGAUCAUUU